ACGCAUCGUUUACUGAAAUCACGGGACCUUGGCAGUUUGAAACACUAUUGAGAGAUUAAUACUCAUUGAACACCAAGACAGAUGGCAAACACAAGCAAGACCGAGAAGUUCCAACUGCAUGUUCCGAAUCUCGAGGAGUUAUGUCAGGUGCUGGAAACCGGACUGAAUAAUAAUUUUUCUGAUGUAAAAGUGUCUGUUGCCGACUGUCCAGAUCUUACGCAAGAGCCUUUCAAGUUUCCUGUCAAGGGUAUUUGUGGCAAACCACGUAUUACUGAUGUGGGAGGUGUACCCUAUUUGAUUCCUCUGGUCCAACUGGACAAGGUUUACAACAUGAACCUUGUGUCCAAGGAGGUGGAGCUGCCUGGUGCAUUUAUUCUUGGGGCUGGUGCUGUCUCCUCCAAGACAGUUGGGAUAAAUGGAGAGUUAAUGCCUCUGGUGCUGACUGAAGCUGAGGGGAGACCUGCGGUGAAUGGGAGUUAUUUUUCCUCUGUCAACCCAGUGGAUGGAAAAUGUCUGCAGGAAAAGUAUAGUGACAGGUUUCAUGACUGUGACUUUGGCCUCCUUGCAAACCUUUAUGCAUGUGAGGGCAAACCUGGAAAGGUCAUUGUGGUGAGAGCCUGCAGAAGGACUGGAGAGGACAGUCUUGUGAGCUGCAUGAGAAAGACCAUGGAAGAACAUUAUGGGGAGAAGAGUGUGGCCCUGGGGGGAACUUUUGUCAUACAAAAGGGGAAGGCAAAGAUCCAUAUCAUGCCAUGUGAAUUCUCUACCUGCCCUCUAAACACCAAUAAGGACGUCGAUAACUGGCUUAAGCAUUUUGAAGUCAGUGCACCACUGAUCUUUCAAACUGUCAUGGUGUCCAGAGACCCAGGUCUUGACCUGAGAGUAGAGCAUACCCAUGGCUUCAGUCACCAUGGUGAGGGGGGCCAUUACUACACAGAUACCACUCCAAACACAGUGGAGUACCUGGGAUACUUCCUCCCUGCUGAACUCCUAUACCGAAUCGACCGACCCACAGAGACGCACAAUGUGGGCCGAGAUUAAACUGUUGACAGUUCUGAUUUUUUUUAUGCUGUAAAAGCAUUUAAAAUUCAAAUAAUUUAUUUGCUUUUUUAGUCAGACCACUUUAUAUUGAUGAAUAAUAAAAUAAAUAUAAUAAGUCUUGAAAUUAUAAUUAUAUAAGUAUUGACCACGAUUCACAAUCCAGUCAAUCUAUAAAUCAAUCUCUACAUUUUGUACUUGCUAUUCAAGCAAUUCAUUUCAAUUAGCUAAAUUAUUACUUUCAUUUCAGAGGGAAAUUAGCCUAUUAUAAUAUUUCCUAAUCUGAAUUUUGACACUAUACAUUACCUUUUUGCUAGUGACAGACCUAGUUUAUCCUUAUUUUCUUGUACUGUAGCCAAGCACAAAUUAAAAUUCCUUUUGAUCAAUAAAGUGAGAACCUGGUGAGGUAUUCCAGAAAAUGCUUUUAUGUAAAAUAAAGAAAACAAACAGGAUAGGAUUUCUGCCCUCUUGGUCUUCAUAAAAUGAAGCGUGUCACAGAAAGGAACCAAAACUCUGUAGGCUACUUGCCUCAGUCACGAUUAGAAUAAUGUAUAUAGAAAGCUUGAGGGAACAAAUAUUCUCUGAUUAUGUAAUCCAAAUGAAACCAAUGAGAGGGACAUCUGCUCAAACUUAUGUUUUUAAUGUUACAUGAGUGCAUUCCAAUGAGGAAAGGACAAGGCAUUAGAGUGAAAAUCUUGCUCUAUUUAAAUGUAUAUCGCUCUGAAUUAACAUGUAUAAAUGUAUUUUAAAAUUAUUUGUCAAAAUGUUCAGACAUUGUUUCAUUAAAGUUUAUAAUUAGUCUAUAAAAGAAUAUAAGCUGAAAAUAUGUAUUAAAUUUUAAAAAACA